GGUAAGCAAAACAGUGCCAAAAUCAAAUAUCACUUUUGAUAAUUAAAUCUCUCAAACAGCUAACUCAACUUUUCUUUUUCUUUAAAAUCUGAAAAAACUCCAUCUCCGUAAUUCUCUGAUUCACCAAUGCUUUGAAUCACCAAACCAAAAAAAUUUGAACGCCAGCGUCCUAUAUUUCUCCAGAUCCGUCUCCGCCACCUGUUUCCACCACCGUCGAUCCAUUUCAUCUCAUUUAACGUGCGACGGCGAUCCGCUGGAUCGAAGAUGCCGGUGGCCGCUUCCGCCAUCUACUUCUUGAAUCUCCGCGGUGAUGUCCUCAUUAAUCGUCUCUAUCGUGACGAUGUCGGAGGAAAUAUGGUUGAUGCUUUUCGGAUGCAUAUUAUGCAAACGAAAGAACUCGGUACAUGUCCUGUGCGACAGAUUGGAGGUUGCUCGUUCUUUUACAUGAGAAUCAGCAAUGUAUACAUCGUAAUUGUUGUUAGCAGCAAUGCUAAUGUGGCUUGUGCUUUCAAAUUUGUUGUUGAGGCUGUUUCUAUGUUCAAAUCAUAUUUCGGUGGUGCCUUUGAUGAAGAUGCUAUUCGUAAUAAUUUCGUUCUGAUUUAUGAAUUGUUGGAUGAAAUUAUGGACUUUGGCUACCCUCAAAAUCUUUCUCCUGAAAUUUUAAAGCUUUACAUUACUCAAGAAGGAGUGCGGUCCCCCUUUUCAUCCAAGGCUUCAGAUAAGCCUAUCCCAAAUGCAACAUUACAAGUUACAGGAGCUGUUGGCUGGCGAAGAGAGGGACUUGUUUAUAAAAAGAAUGAGGUGUUUCUAGACAUUGUGGAAAGUGUAAACCUACUUAUGUCUUCAAAAGGCAGUGUUCUCCGUUGUGAUGUUACUGGCAAGAUUCUUAUGAAGUGCUUCCUCUCUGGAAUGCCUGAUCUGAAAUUGGGCUUGAAUGAUAAAAUUGGGCUUGAGAAAGAAUCACAAAUGAAAUCCCGUCCUGCUAAAAGUGGCAAGACUAUUGAGCUGGAUGAUGUUACUUUCCAUCAAUGUGUAAAUCUUACAAGAUUCAACUCUGAAAAGACUGUUAGUUUUGUGCCACCAGAUGGUGAAUAUGAAUUAAUGAAGUACCGUAUCACUGAGGGAGUUAAUCUUCCUUUUCGGGUAUUACCAACAAUCAAGGAACUUGGUCGAACACGGAUGGAAGUAAAUGUUAAGGUUAAAAGUGUCUUUGGAGCAAAAAUGUUUGCUCUUGGAGUUGUUGUCAAAAUUCCUGUCCCUAAACAAACAGCAAAGACAAGUUUCCAAGUAACAUCAGGUCGAGCAAAGUACAAUGCGGCUAUUGAUUGCUUGGUAUGGAAGAUAAGAAAAUUCCCCGGACAAACAGAGCCAACCUUGAGUGCAGAAGUUGAGUUAAUUUCCACCAUGGCAGAAAAGAAGUCUUGGACAAAGCCACCAAUUCAGAUGGAAUUUCAGGUUCCGAUGUUUACAGCCUCUGGUUUACGGGUCCGGUUUCUUAAAGUGUGGGAGAAGAGUGGGUAUAACACGGUCGAGUGGGUUCGCUAUAUUACCAAGGCUGGCUCAUAUGAGAUCAGGUGCUAGAAACACAGGAUUCACCGUUGGCUCGUAUCAGCAAACUUGAAUAGUGAAGAGUGUGUUCGCUUGCUACCGAUUGCAUGUAUUUUGCCGUGAUGGUAAGGUGAAUAAGCCUCAAUUUCCAACUUAAAGCAUGCAGCCAUCCUUUUCCUCUGGUUUCUUGAAUUAUUUGGCAUUUUUUUCCCCUUGUAGUGUUUUUGUUAAUAUGUUUAUUUCAAGUGACUAUUUGGUUUAUGUUGUUUUCUUGUAAAGGCUAACCUUAUUUAGAACAAAAUGUGCCAUUAUAAUACAAUGCUUUAUUGUUUGCAUAUUAGAACACACAUUUUGUUCUAAAUGAUACAUCAUUGUUUUUAAAUGGCAUAUUUGCUAUUGGAAACCUUGUUGGAAUUGGUUUUGACUUUUAA